AGUAUACUGAAGUAAACUUAGAAUUAAUCGCACGAAGCAGAGGCUGAGCGUGUAAAAGGACCGGAAGCCCAAUGCUUUCGUAAAACAAAUCUGGUCAUGCAUUACAUUCGUUUUCUUAAACCUCCAAAAUUGUCAUUCGCUACUGGACGAAAGGCAUCAAUAUCUGCCGUCGUGACAGUCACUUCAGAUCUUGGAGAAUCAUUCUUUGCCGGAGAGCUCAAUCUAGUUUCAUCAGCAUUAUCUGGAGACAAAAUUAUUGCGCAAAAGGACUGCAAUUGGAAUCCAGGUGCCCGGGCGCUGAAGAUUGAACUCGAUGUCGGUCACGUGAAAUUCUCAUGGCCCAUCAGAAUUCAUGUCGGAUUGGACAGAGAGAGAUUAGUGGACAUUUUCAAUGAACCGGAAAAGUCUUCUUCUGGAAAUAGUCUGCCCACUGUGAUCUCUGCUUGGAGUUCGAGGCUGGAUCCUCAGAACCCUGAUGCAGCUAAAAAGGUCGAGCGGCGAGUUCAUUUGCUCAGCGGCCCUGUUGUUGGGAUUUGGGAAGAGACUGGAGAAAGCAUUGCCCGGCAUAUAUGGGACGCCGGCGUCGCAUUGACCUCUUAUUUCGACCGCAUUGUAUCCCUACAAGAUCCAGGGUUACCACAGCUUAACAAGCUCAUAACAGAGUCCUUGGCAGGGCGCAGAAAAAUAAAUGUGAUUGAAUUGGGUAGUGGUUGUGGGGUUGUCGGAAUUGGUCUUGCUCACGUGCUUUCCAAUUGUGAGGUCCUUCUCACUGACCUUCCAGAAGCGGAGGAGAUCAUGACGACGAAUCUCUCAUGCUUGUCGCCAAAGGUCCACUCGAGAGUGUCAUUCAAGGUGCUUGAUUGGGAGGAAAACUUGCCCAGUCCAUGUACUACGAAGAGAUUUGAUCUUAUCCUGGUAGCAGACUGCACGUACAAUCCUGAUUCAACGCCGGCUUUGGUUAAAACCCUAUCAGCAUUGGUUGCUGCUUCACCUUCAGCUGUCAUUGUGGUUGCAAUGAAAGUGCGGCAUCAGAGUGAGGCUAUUUUCUUCACAUUGAUGGAAAGUGCCGGCUUUGCUCAGAGCGGUCAUUAUGCUAUCCCUUUGCCGAGAGAAGCGUCGCUGGACGAUUACGAAGAGGAAGAACUAGAAAAAGCAGAUCUGUUUACUUUUCAAUCUCGGGGAAUGAUCUCAUGAUAUAGCCCUUGACUGCGGGAGAUUUCAAUCAAUCUACAGUUAGGACGACUUUCUUCUGUACGACUGCUAGCCACAGAUAUUGGACGGGGAUGGACAGAACAAGAUAACAUGAUUUCUGAGCCUUUGGUGCCA